AUGGCGCAUGUAUCCACAGCCUCGAAUGGGGCUCAUGGCAAGCCUACCACCUGGCACGGGGCUGGCGCUGCCGAGUUUGAUUUGCGGAGCGACACAAUGACGAAGCCAACCCCCUCGAUGCUCGAAGCCAUCUGCCAAACUACCCUCCUGGAUGAUGUCUUCAACGAAGACCCCGUAACCAUCGAUCUACAGUCAUACGUGGCGAAGCGAACGAAUCAUGAGGACGCCUUGUUGGUGAUGUCAGGAACAAUGGGUAACCAGGUUGCCAUCCGAACCCAUCUGGUGCAACCUCCCUACUCGGUGAUCUGCGACCAACGCUCGCACAUUGUCAACUACGAAGCGGGCGGCGUCAGCUCAUUGACGGGCGCCAUGGUCCAGCCAAUCACUCCCAAGAAUGGCGCCUACCUGACCCUCGAAGAUAUUCAAAAACAUGCCGUGCUUGACGACGACAUCCAUCACUGUCCCACGAAGCUUAUCAGCCUGGAGAACACACUGGACGGCAUGAUUAUGCCCCUCGAUGAGGUGCGUCGGAUUACGAACUGGGCGCAUGCACACGACAUCAAGGUGCAUCUGGACGGGGCCAGGCUAUGGGAAGCUGUCGUGUCAGGGGCUGGGAGCUUGCCAGAAUACGCGGGUCUCUUUGACAGCGUUAGCCUGUGCUUCUCAAAAGGACUUGGGGCUCCUAUUGGUAGCAUUAUCGUAGGAUCCAAGGAAUUUAUCAAGAAAGCCCGAUGGUUCCGCAAGUCUAUUGGCGGAGGAGUCCGACAGGCCGGGGUCAUCGCUGCGGCCGCCCGAGUGGCUGUGGAGGAGACCUUUGGACCCGAUCCUAACGGGCGCGAAGGGAAGCUCCAAACCACGCACGUCAACGCCAAACGAGUCGCCGAGAUGUGGACCAGCCGGGGAGGCAAGCUAUCGCUUCCGGUCGAGACUAACAUGGUAUGGUUAGACCUCGAGUCCUCCGGAUUGGGACCCAAUGAUCUAGCAGAUAUCGGAACAGAGAAGGGGUUGAAAUUGCUAGGGGGUCGGAUUGUGGUUCACUACCAGGUGUCCGAGGAGGCGAUCUCGCGGCUGGGACAAGCAUUUGAUGCCGCGAUGAGUGGGCAGUUCCAGCGUAGCACCGACCAGAGUAAGCCAUAUGGAAGUAAAUAA